AUGGCAGCGAGAGAUUUGUCAGUACCUGAUAGUGUCGUUCAAGCACUGACACCACCUGCGAAGAAGCCGUAUCCGUUUUGGUUGGGUGGUACGUUACGUUUCUGCGCAUAUAUCCCUUGGAUUCCCCUAGAUUUAACCAAAGUCCGCCUCCAAGCAUCAGGCGAUAAACGGAUGAUAGAGAGUAUCAAGAAGACUAUAAGAACUGCUGGCGUCCGAGGGAUGUUCGACGGCAUCUCAGGAACAUGGAUGCGUCAAAUGUCGUACUCCAUGUGUCGGUUCUGGGCAUACGAUGAGAGCAAGAAGUUGCUUGGUGCGGGGAAGGACGCUCCGGCGUGGAAGUUGGCUGCGGCUGGUAGUAUGGCGGGUGGUAUUGCGGGUUUUGUUGGAAACCCUGGAGAGAUCGUCAUGGUCCGGCUACAAGGAGACUUUGCAAAGCCCCCUGAGAAGCGGUUCAACUAUAAACAUUGCUUUGAUGCUCUCUUCCGCAUGGUCCGGGAAGAAGGCAUAUCUUCACUAGCCCGCGGCGUCGGUCCAAACGUGUUCAGAGCAGUCUUGAUGAACGCCAGUCAGCUCGCUUCGUACGACUUCUUCAAAGCAGAACUCAUCAAAACGCACAUAUUCGAAGAUAACAUUCUAUGUCAUUUCACGGCGAGCUUUGCGGCGGGGACGGUGGCUACUACCGUUUGUUCGCCUGCGGAUGUGUUGAAGAGUCGGAUUAUGAAUGCGUCGGGGCCUGGGUCGAAUUCUACCAUGGGUGUCAUUCGCCAAUCGCUGAAAACAGACGGGCCCAUGUUCAUGUUCAAGGGCUGGGUGCCCGCAUGGACGCGUUUACAGCCCACUACGAUACUCAUCUUUUUGACGCUGGAGCAGCUGAAGAAUGGCGUAGAUUUUUCGCGCAGGCAUGGGGUGACUUGGUUGUGA